GCGGCGACCGUGGCUUCAGUCGUUUGCUGCACAAUGGCGCGAUCGGUUUGUGCUUGCUCGUUCUACUGCCGCCGUCGUUUCUGAGCGGAAGGUCGGCCCAAAACGUUGGACCGUCCGUUGCGCGGGAUACACAAGUUUCUCUGUAUCGUCUCCCUUGCUCGUAACCGCUUAGCUCUCCAAGUUUCUCACGAAUACUUCACCACUCCGUAGUCCGCGCGACGAAAGAGAAACAUCGACUCGACGGCUCGCCGGACACGAGAAGAAAGACACACUAACCAAUAACCAUCCCAGGUAGGAGCCAACAGGAAGAGGCCAGGUUUGAUCCGGCGCGCGCGCUAUUCGAAAAAAUCCAAUUCGCCCGGUAGAAUCCGGGGGUUCGUUUUUUUCGAGAAGAACGGCGGUUUGUCAACAACGUCUUUGGGGAAAAUCGACUACGUCUGACCGUUUUUCCAUCCCAGACAUCCGUUCAGGAACGCACGGCAACAACAGAAAGAACAUUUGUCAGAGCUUUCUUGUAAAAGUGACUGAUUGUCACCGACAAAGAUCUCCGUCCAAGGACCCUAGCGGUUAACACGAAACCAACGCAAGCUGCAUGGGCCCAAGCACAAGUGAUAUCCUUAAAUAUAAUUAAUUCGUACCUACUAUGCGUAUCCAUAGAGCUUUCAGGCGUUAAUCGGGUCGUUAAAAUCGAUAAUCGUGUGGUUCACCGUGUUUGUAAUCUUGUGACAUGAAGUGUAUUCAAGGCUAUUUCGCCUCGACGACCGACUGACGAUAUUACGAAUUUUAAAACUUGCUCGAAUUUGAUAUGGAGCACGUGCUCGGUGCCUAAAAUAGAAACUUCUCGUCUAAAACGAUUUAAAUAAAUAAAAACAAGCAGUGGUCGCGAGUGUGAUACUGUGCGGUGCAGUGAAAACGACACAAUAUGAGAGUGACAGCCGCCGCCAGGCAGCAUCCACUACAUCUGCAAGUGACUCGCACCAACAAUGGAAAGUUCCUGGUCAGUCCGAACAAUAAUCAGGACAUCAGUCAGCAGCCUACGAGCGACGAGACGAACCCGGUGCCGGCGGUAGUCUUCCCUAGUUACGAGCCGCUGCCAACCGAUCAUCAUGGACCCGCCAUACUUGGCGAUCGGUAUCUGCUUCUUGGUCCGGCCGAGGGGAGCGCUCUGUACCGAUGCAUCGACGUACACAGCGGUCAGCAGCUCGUUGCAAAGGCGUUGACCGUGGGCGACAAAGGUUGCGAAGCACUACUACAAGCGCACCUUCGAUUAGAAGGCACCGGAGCGGCAAGCGGCGUGGCAGGCGUGGUGGAAGCACCUGGAGGUCGCCGAUAUCUCCUCCUAGAGGGCCACCACGGCGACCUGCACGCCUACGUAAGGGCGCGCAGGAGAUUGCGGGAACCAGAGGCGAGGCGGCUCUUCCGGCAGGCGGCCAGGGCCGUGGCUACGUGCCACGAGUACGGGGUCGUCCUCAGAGACCUCAAGCUCAGGAAAUUCGUCUUCGCCGACGAAGCAAGGACACGGCUUCGUUUGGAGAGCCUGGAGGACGCCGUGAUCGUGGAGGACGAUGACGACAAAUUGACCGACCGUAGGGGCUGUCCGGCGUACGUGGCGCCGGAAGUGCUGCGCUCAGGACGCGCCUAUUCCGGGAAGGCGGCGGACAUCUGGUCCCUCGGCGUUCUUCUCUACACGAUGCUGGUCGGACGUUAUCCGUUCAAUGACGCCGAGCACGCGUCCCUGUUUGCCAAAAUCUCGCGCGGCCAAUUCGCGGUACCGGAGGGUCUCAGCCCGCGCGCUCGAUGCCUGAUACGCUCGUUGCUGAGAAAAGAACCGUCCGAAAGACCAUACGCCGAGGACGUGCCGAGACACCCGUGGCUGUCGAAGCCCCUCCGAGUCUGUAUGGCGUCUAGCAGAUCCUCGUCCCAGGAUCAAAUCGUACCAGAGCUACCUAACAAUCCUCAAGACUGAUUCUUCCAGGAGAAGAACGUAUAUUCCGCGCGCGCUGAAGCCAGCUUUCCGUCUUAAUCCUCUAUUUGGCCGACAGAUGUCAGGAACCGAUGCUCGAUUUUUAACAUGGCUUAUAUAUUUACGAUAACCGGGAGUACUGGUAGUGAUGGGACCAAUACAAUUACGUAUUCAUUAACUCAACCAAUCAUCUAGCAUUACACAGCUGAAGUACCUUAAACAGGUCGUUUGUUUAACACUAGAUUUAUCUUUCAUGUUGACGAUUACCUUACAAUUUUUCUUUCAAUUAGAAUAUGUCAAUGAAAUUCAGUAUAAGUUGUUAAAAAAUAAUGUUUAAAUAUGGAAUCUGACCGUGUAAAUCUAGUGUUAAUUUUACUUUGGAACCUUUCCUUGCAAGCAAUCGUAAGAAUCAUCUUUCAUUGCCAACCUAAGAAUUGAUAAAACCUAACCUGACCUGGCAUUGGUCGAUCGGGGCUUAAUAUCGAUACAUAUCGAUUACCAAACCGUAAUAUCGACGUAUAUCAAACUGGUAUCAAACUAAGUAGUCGUUGUUAUUGGUAACACGUAUUUGUUGAUAUUUUUUUGUAGUAUUGACGCAAUUAAAACAUUGAGACUUGCAAGGACCUUCGCGAAUGGUCCAGCUUCGAUUCUCAUGGAACUUUGUACACUUGGAAAGCAGCCAAAAAUAAUCGACAGGUAUUAACUCGAGUUUAACACUUUGACUGCCACGUCAUCCACAUAUGAAUGACAGGAUUUUUUAUUAUGGGACUAGAACAAUUAAUUCUCAGGAUGAAACGUUAAAGUUGAUAUUUAAAUUCAUGAGUUUUAGUGAGAUUAUGAAAAUAAGUGCUGAAACAAAUUUUAACUUAUGCAGUUUACAAUUGUCUGAAAUCAAAUAUUUGGUUCCGUAAACAAUUGUACAGUUUUGGUAGUCAAUGUGUUUAAUGGGCGCGGUUAAUGGUUUCUUAUGUACAAUAACAUGGUGUUACAAAAUUUAACAAAACAAAAUUUAUCAACUUAAUUUUUCAUUCUAUUGAAAUUUUCAUAAUGACAAGAAAUGACGAGC